UUUACACCAAACAGAUGUUUAUAUUGCGAUCAUAAAAGUCAAUAAACGUCUCCCCCCAAUUACGGUCUGUGUAUUAUUGAGCAUUUCAAGUGAAAUUUGACGAUUGGGCACUCUGUUUACUUACGCCAUUUCGUACUCUCAACUUUCUAUUAAUUUUCCAAAACGUCCGCAUCCACAAUACUCCUUUAAUAUAUGAAUAAAUGAAUAAAUAAAUGAGCAAACAAAAAAUCUUGAAGAAGCCUCCAAAAUUCGAUCGAAAUAGGAAAAAACAAACGUGUGUGGUUGGCAUUCGAUUCGUUUGUUCUGUGCAAAGAAGAAAUAUAUUUUGAUCGAUCGUGUGAUAAGAAACAGCGAGACAUUGAAAUGAAUAUUAACGAAAAAUUGAAAUUUAUAGUAUUAUAUACGUUAUUCGAUAAUACAUAUUAUUAACAUGGAGGAAGGAAAGAACGUUCACACCCGGCCCUCGCUCUAAUCGCUCUGGGCUCUGGGCCCGGUUGCGGUGUUCUGUUGUUUGCAAUUGUCUCCGCCCCGGCACACGCGCGUUAAUGUAUUCGAGCGGUGCGAUUGGCUGUUUAUUCCAUCGAAGCCAGGACAUUCGAAGGUCAGUUUAUCCGAGGAAGUGUUCAUCAUGCAGUUACCUUUGAACAGUAGUCGAAGGUAAAUCAGUGCCAAAAUUCGCAAAUUUUAAACCGAAAUAUUUCAUCUUUGUGAUCUUUACGAUCAGAAAAUUUUCAAUAAAAAUGGCCUGCUCCUCCGAAGUUGAGGAAAUCAUGUCCGGGCCACUCGUGCAGUGGCUGGCCAGCUGUCUGGAUGAUCCUAAAAGACCGCUGGAUUACAACGAUUUGGUCGACGGUGUUUUGAUAUAUGAAGUGUUCCUGCAAAUCGAUCCCGAGCCACUUUACGAUGGGAUUUUAGCGACAUCGGGAGACGCGAGGCGGAGGAGCAACAAUUUGGAAAUAAUAGUUAAAAAUUUGAAGAGAUUUUACGAGGACGAGUUGGGUCAAUUGAUAAUAAAAGAGCCGAAGACGAGGAAUUUGGGGGAGGAGCCUCUGUCGAACGUCGAGGAAGCUCGACUCAUUCUCCUCCUGUUAUUAGGCUGCGCCGUUCAGUGUCCAAACAAAGAGAAAUUUAUCAUGCAAAUAAAAAAUCUCGAUUUGGACGUUCAGCUGAAAAUAGUCGAUUGCAUAAAGCAAAUCACCGAUAAAUCUGACAUCGUUAUCGCUCGGGAGACUUUCGAGAAUGCAAACAUAACCGGUCUUUUCGAACAAAUUCGACAUUUGCUUCGAGAACGUGACACUUACAGAGAGAAAUGGGGAGGGAGUUCGCUAGACGAUGUUACGAUCGAGAUCGAGGACGAAAGCGGCGCGGCUCAAAGCAGGGCUCCGAGCGGGAAAACUGAGCGGGAAAAAAAUCAUCAUUCCGCCGUUGAAUUGGCCGAUUGGAAAUCGAAAUUGAGGAAGCAGCGUCAAAGAUUGGACGAAAAAGCCGAGGCUCUUCUCGAGUGCAAAGAUGAGCUGGAACGCGUACGAGCCUCGCUGGCCAAAGUCAAACAAGAGAAUUUCGAAUUGACGCGCGCGGCUCGCACCGUGCAAUCUUAUAAGGACGAGUUGGAUGCCAUGACCGAAAGAGCCGAGCGGGCCGAUCGUUUGGAACUGGAAGUUCAACGAUAUCGUCAAAAAUUGACCGAUUUGGAGUUCUACAAAACUUGGAUCGAAGAACUUAGCGAAGAAAAUCGGGUAUUGAACGAGAAUCGUGAAAUGUUGGAAGAACAGUCGAGAUCGUCGAGACGCAAUGCCGAGAAAGUGAAGGAACUCCAGGCUCAAAUAAUUGGCUACGAGAAGCUCGUUAACGAAAUGUCGCUGGAACAAAGUGCUCAGAAGGAAAAUUUGAAGGAACUCUUGGAGGAAAAUGGCGAGCUGCAUCGAUUGCAAAAAGCUGCAGCGAACGAAGCUGCGAUGAAAGCUGGAUUGGGAGAGGAAGGAGAGGAACCUGCCGGAGCUGCGGAUAAGAGCCUGUCGGAGCAGUUGACGAACAGCGCGCAAGCUCGGAUGCUCAAGCUCGAGCUCGAGAAUCAACGACUGAUGGCGAUGAUGGACUCGUUCGAGGAAAAAUGCUUCUACGCGACGACUUCGCCGGCGAUUAGGCUUCACAGAGAGAAAGAGAUUAACGAGUUGUCGAUGAAAAUACAUUCUUUGAGCGUUGACAAAGAACAUUUGUCCCACAGCAAUUGUGACUUAGAAGUUCUGUGCAGGGAGGCUCUCGAAGAGAAUAAAAAAUUGCAGAGUAUCUUGAACGAUCGGAGAAAUUCUUUCGAAAUCCAUCGAGAGGAUUAUCAGUCGCAGCGCGAGAAAAUCGUCAAACUAGAAAAUCAUAAUGAAAUGGUUUGCAAGGAGAAAGAAAAAAUUCAGUUGCUGCUCGAGAGCGCGCAGAGACGAGCAGACGAUUUGGAACGAUUGCUGGAAAUGUCGAAUCAACGGCUCGAGGAAUUGAAAGCUCGCGAAGGCAGAGCUAUGAGAGCGGAAGCCAAAUGUUAUGAGCUCGAAAAUAAGCUUACGAUUUCGGAGAAAGAGAAAAAUCUUGCUCUUGGCGAUGUUGGCAAAAUGAGGGUGACAAUCGAGAAUAAGGACAUGGCUCUCGACAGGUCGACCAACAAUGUCAUUGUACUGGAACGCAAAGUUGAACAGCUCGAGGGAAAAAUAAAAAAUUUCAUUCAACAAAUAUCGAGGCUUGAGGAAGUGGAAAAAUUGUACAACGAAUUGUCCUCGAAAUUGAGGCUUGAACGCGAGAGAGCGGAGACUCUGGAGUCGAAUCUCAAUGCCGAAAAAUUGAACGGCCAACGAUUGACCGGGCUUUUUGAGAAACUGGGUCUGAACGUUGAAUCGCUGCUGAAUCUUCCGGUGGAAAAGAUUAUUGAAAGCAUCGGGGGAAUCCCUGAAGUGGUGAAUUACGUCAAAUGCUCGGUCCUUGAAGGAGCUACGAGUGCGAAAAAAAAUCCGACAUCCGAUUUCAUUGAUGUACUACCUUCAUCGACGAUAAAAGAUUUGCAAGAAAUCAUCGAUGCCCAGAAGAAUCGAAUGAAGACUUUGCUAAAGAGAAUUCAAAGAACUGGAGUUUCGGUGGAGCGCCUCAAAUUGGAAAAGACGAGAUUCCAAAUGCCUGUGACGAAGCUUUCGUCGAGUUGGACGUCUUGGGCGAGUGGACGCACAAACCUUCACUCAACGGAAACUCAACUCGCGGUAGAUACGGAUGGGUCGAUGAAAAUGUUGAUUUGUAAAGAACGCGCUCGCACGCAACUAGAGAACGAUCGAGCAAGUCUGCAAUCAUUGCACGACCAACUGAACACCGGAUAUGAUAAUAUUCUUCGGGAGCGGGAAUCGUUGAGGAAAAGUCUUCGGGAAGCUCAGAAUGCGAUUAGAAAACUUGAGCGGGAAACGGGUCUCGAGGUGGAGAAGAAUUUGGUGAACGUUAGCAAAGAAUCGGGUGCGACUGAAAUAAAUACUAAAAAUUUGAACACGUUGCGCGUCGAACAUGCUAAGCUCGAGGAAGACUUCAUGACUUUAUACACGUCGACGCAAAAAUUGAGAGUCGAGCACGAUAAUCUUAAAGAGAGUUACAAAAAAGUCAAGAUCGACCUGAAUCGCGUGAGCUUGAAACAGACUGAAAUGGAGGUCGAAAUGAAUUUGAAGAACGACAAAUGCACAGCGUUGGAACUUGAGAUAAGCAAAUUAAAUCAAAGCUCCGAAAUGUUGCUGCAAGUGAAUUCUGGCCUCGAGAGCACUCGACGAUCGUUGAUGAAUCAUUUGAGUCUGUUGUUCAAUCAGUAUCAUGAAUUGUUGAUUCACUCGUUCGAGGACAAGGAGCAUUAUCAUAUGGAAGAAAAAUUGUACACCGACAAAGUCAAUCAUCUUCAUAGACAGAAAGAAAAGCUUGAAGAAAAAAUAAUGGAUCAUUACAAAAGGUUGGAGAAUUGUUCGAUGAAGAAGAAAAAAUUUGGAGCAAAUCUAGUGAAAAAAGUUCGAAAAGCUGGUUCCGAAUUGUUGAGCAUGAAUCGUCGAUCUUGGGCCGAAGACACGAUGAAACAAUUGGAAAACAACAAAACAUACGAAUCUGAAUCGGGCGGAAACGAGUCAGAUUGGAGCAUCGAUUUUCAACAUGAGUCCGUUACUGAAUUGGGUAAAUCGGCAGUCCUCGAGGAUAAGAUUUGUCGUUGGGUUAUCGAGAAGCACUAGAAUAACCAUUUUUUCAAAUGAACGGUUACAAAGAACAAAAAUAACGCGUAAACGUAAUAUUUUCAAAUUAAUGGCAAAUUUUCGAUAUCAUUGCAAAAGAAAAAUUUUCAGAGUUUUUAUAGAUAUAGAUAUAUUUUAAUAGAUUACCAAGGUGUUUUGGCGAAUUUUCAAAAAAAACAUCGAAUCAAUCGAAUAUCAAUGAGUUUUGUAGAAACUUUUCUACUUUUAUAAAAUAUUUUUUAAAAUGAUCAUUUGUAAAAAAUUUGCGACAUCAACUUACUAUAUUCGAAAAUCGAGUUAAGCCAAUGUACAAAAAAUCUUUACGUUAUAUUCAAUGUAACCUUAAUAGAAUGUGACUUAUUUUUUUUUCUAAUGAUUCGUGCAAUAAAUGAUUGAAGA